AUGGCGCUGCGGGACGAGCACGAUUUCUUAAGCGAGAACGAGCGCCAGUUUCUGGCUAACUGCCUGCGCCAGCCACCGCAUGUACGAGCCGAUGGACGGGAGCUGCUUCAGCAACGUCAGAUUCGGGUUCAGUUUCGUCGCAAUGAGAGUGAGAGCCAAGCAGAAGUACAGCUCGGCCGAACUCGCGUAAUUGGCAAUGUACAUGGCGAGAUCGUGCCGCCUUUUCCAGACCGCCCGACCGAAGGCUUUCUUCAAUUUUCCGUGGAAUUGUCCCCGAUGGCGUCACCCAAUUUUGAUCUGUCGACCUCUGUAGGCCGUGGUUCUGCUUCUUCCGUUGCAGCUGCAGAGCUGGCGCGACUGAUCGAGCGCAGUGUUCGCGAUAGCCGUGCCCUCGAUACAGAAGCGCUUGCUGUGGUUGCUGGCGAAAAGGUUUGGGCCAUCACUUGCAACGUUCACGUGGUGGAUCACGGCGGUAAUCUCGUCGACGCUGCGUCUCUUGCAGCUGUUGCAGCUCUCAUGCACUACCGGCGACCGGAGGUCGCAGUGAUGAAAAGUAAUGACCACAAUAGUGGCGUCACUGUGUACAGCGUGGAUGAGCGUGCAGCAGUGCCAUUGAGUCUUCAUCACAUCCCCGUCUCCAUCUCGUUUUGCUUUCUGGAAUGCACUGCCAACGUGCGAGGUUCCAAUCAAAAUGAGGAUGAUGUUGACAAGCACAUUAUCUUCAUGGAUCCGUCUGACCGAGAAGAACGCAUUACGGAUGCGCGUAUGAGUCUUACUUUCAACUCGUUCCGUGAGCUUUGCGCUGUGCACAAAAUCGGCGGGGCAGCUGUUUCGCCGACUGUUGUGCUGAGGUGUGCGAAUGUGGCAGCGGCGCGUGCGAUUGAGCUGACGACGUUCUUGAAAGAGGAGGAAGAGAAAGCAGACAAAGAGGCCGUGCAGCGCCGGCGCGCAUUGCUUCGAGGGCUGGCAUUCGCGGAUGUUUCGUCGACGGUGGACGAAGCUCGUGCCACUAGAAGCGUUGAAGAGGUGGAUCUUGGCCCGAUGACAGAUUUUUCGGUUCUGCAUGCUCCGAUUGCAUUGCGGGAUGACCCCACGAAGGAGGAGAUUACACAACAGGUCACAUCAAUGGCGGAAUUCCUAGAUUCGCUCGAGACUGCCGCCGAUCUCGCGAAGGGGGAGCUGGUGCCCGCUGCGACAGGUCUUGCGAUGACGGAUGCAGCUCGAUGUGAGUUCCGCCGACUGGCUGGUAGCGAAAAGAUACAAACUUUGAUCAGCGGUGGCGACAAGGCGCAGUCAACUCCUUUUCGAUCCGCUACAAAAAAGCCUGUUGACAACGACAGCGACAGUGAAGAAGAGGGAGGUGUGAUUCGGAGCGACUUCAGCACGGCAUUACAAAGAGAUGAAAGCGCUCGUGCGAAGCCGAGCAAGGAAGAAAAGAAAGAGAUUGUGGCGCAGAGCUCUGAUGAAGACGAAGACGAAGACAUGGAUCUUAGUGUCGCCGUUAAGCGAAAGAUUGGUUGA